AAAUUCCAUCCCUUCCCCUCUCCCUCUGGAUCGAUCGAGAGUGUCCUAUAAGUCUGCCAACCCCUAGACGAUAAAACCCUCUUUGUUCUUUUAUUACUGUAAAACCCCUCCAAAUCUCUGUCUCGUUCGCUCUCUCCCAAAACCCUAACCCUAAAACCUCGCUCUCCAGGCACCGUCCGAACAUGGUAGAAGGCUCAGCCUUCGAGGUGGGGGCCGUCCCCUUCAACCCCGACGGGUGGGGCCCACCGGAUGGUCCGCUCCCUCUUCUCUCCAACCACCCCACUCACGUCCCCUUCGCUCCCUUCUCCCGCUCGGAGAAGCUGGGCCGCAUCGCCGAUUGGACCCGCACAUACAACAACCCUAGCGCCCGGGCAUCCAACAACCCUCGUGGCGAUAUUCCCAGCGUCUUCGAUUUCGCCCUCGACGAGUCGUCCGCCGCUGCCGCUGCCGACGACGAUUCCACUUUCCGCCUUGUCGACGGGAAGCCCCCUCCCCGCCCCAAGUUCGGCCCCAAGUGGCGAUUCCAGCAGCACCGCCCGCUACCACAGCGCCGUGAUGAGGAGGUCGAGGCCCGGAAGCGCGAGGCCGAGAAGGAGCGGGCCCGCCGCGAUCGCCUCUACAACCUCAACCGCUCUGGCGGCACUGGCCUCCAGCAACGCCGUGAGGCGGCCGCCUUCAAGUCAUCUGUCGACAUCCAGCCUGAGUGGGCCAUGCUGGACCAGAUCCCCUUCUCCACCUUCUCCAAGCUUUCCUUUUCUGUCCCUGACCCCCCUGAGGACCUCCUUCUCUGUGGGGCCCUUGAGUUCUACGACCGUUCAUUCGACCGCGUCAACCCCAAGAACGACCGCCGCCUGGAGCGCUUCAAGAACCGCAACUUCUUCAAGGUCACCACCACUGACGACCCUGUCAUCCGCCGCCUCGCCAACGAGGAUAAAGCCACUGUCUUUGCUACCGACUCCAUCCUUUCAACCCUCAUGUGUGCCCCCAGGUCUGUCUAUUCGUGGGACAUUGUCAUCCAGCGUGUCGGCAACAAGCUCUUCUUUGACAAGCGUGAUGGGUCCCAGCUCGACCUCCUCUCCGUCAAUGAGACCUCCCAAGAGCCCCUCCCUGAGGCGAAGGAAGACAUUAACUCUGCGUACUCCCUCAGUGUCGAGGCCACCUACAUUAACCAGAACUUCUCGCAGCAGGUCCUCGUCCGUGAUGGGAACAAGGUCACAUUCGAGGAGCCGAACCCAUUUGCUGCUGAGGGUGAGGAGGUUGCCUCCGUUGCCUACCGGUACCGCCGGUGGAAGCUUGAUGAUGAAAUGUAUCUUGUGGCCCGCUGCGAGGUCCACAGCGUGUCGGAUGCUAAAGGGCAGCGGUCGUUCUUGACGUUGAAUGCCCUGAAUGAGUUUGACCCCAAGUACUCUGGUGUGGACUGGAGGCAGAAGCUCGAGACACAGAGGGGUGCUGUGCUGGCCACUGAGCUGAAGAACAAUGCCAACAAGCUGGCAAAAUGGACGGCCCAGGCGCUUCUGGCGAGUGCAGAUGUAAUGAAACUGGGGUAUGUCUCGAGGGUCCACCCGAGGGACCACUAUAAUCAUGUGAUCCUGAGUGUUGUUGGUUACAAGCCCAGGGAGUUUGCAACACAGAUCAAUUUGAACACUUCAAACAUGUGGGGGAUUGUGAAGUCUAUCGUGGACCUGUGCAUGAAGUUGAAUGAGGGGAAGUAUGUGCUUGUGAAGGACCCAUCAAAGCCGCAGGUGAGGAUUUAUGAGGUUCCUGCAGAUGCGUUCGAGAACGACUAUGUGGAGGAGCCUUUACCUGAGGAGGAGCAGGUGCAGCCACCAGCAGAGGAAGACACUGCAGCUGGGGAGCCUGCUGUGGCAGAGAAUGAAGAAGGAGAGAAGGUCGUUGACGCCGAAGUUUGAAGGCUUCAGCUCAGCUUCUGCCUUUGUCCAAUCUCAUCGUUUUUCAAGCAGGGCUUGCAAUUUCGCUCAGCAUGUCAAAGUACCUCCGUUUGGGCGUGGAUCAUGUUUUCCCUUUUUUUGAGGGAUUGCUGUGUUGCAAGUCGUCCUGAGCUAUGUUGUUGAUCCUCUCUUUCUUUUCUGUUCUUCUUAUUUUUCCCCGUUCUUUAAUGUCUUCGAAGUGGGACUUACAAGCAUUCAUUUCUUACUGGAGGAAUGCAUUUCCCCUGCCUUUUUAGGAACUUUGGUGUCUUGUUUUUGCCCAAUAGGUGUUUGGCUUU